AUGAAUGACCAUCGCUAUGAUUCGCCACAACUUGUCGAUACAGUCAAGAAAUAUAAGCAAGGCCUUUCUGACACUGAGUAUCGACGUUGCCUAGACAAUCUCCAGAGCCUUGAUCCUUGCCAUGACAAAAACCGAAUCGAGGAUGAUAAAGAUAGCCUUUUGAGAGACUUAUACUGUUGGGUGCUUGACGAUCCCCAGUUCAAGAAGUGGAUAGAUGGUGAUUUCGGUCAGCUUCUCUGGAUUAAGGGUGAACCUAGCAAGGGAAAGACGAUGUUGCUCUGCGGGAUUAUCGAUGAGCUACACAAAAUUAUUACGCGUGACACUAAUAUCUCGUUCUUUUUCUGCCAAGCUACGAACAGCCGCAUCAAUAAUGCGACAGCCGUCCUGCGAGGGCUUAUAUAUAUGCUUGUGAAGAAACAACGCUCACUUAUCAAACAUAUCCAGGAUGGUAAUUUCGACGGCGAGAAUGCAUAG